AUGGAUUAUCGAAAACCACAGGCAGCCUCUAGAAAUGGUAGGCCACUAGACAACACAUUUAGACGUCGUUCCGGCCGCCACCCUCCUAGUGGCACCUUCAUUGCUGGUGGCCAUUCGACGGACGAUGGACCGUCUUGCUACGAGCGACCUCUGCAAGGAAACGGGCCCGCCCUUGGGGACACAUUCACAUCUAUUCACUUAACGCCACGUCUACCAACAAGAGAACACUCUCAUUCUUCUAUGUUCUCCGAUGUCACAAGAGUGUCGCAAAUUGUGCGUUUACCCACACCUGACUUCACAACUGGACCCAAUCUCCGCUCGGUGACUGGAACUUUCCGGAGCUAUCUCAGCCGUGGUCUUAGCUUUGUCUCCAUUCCUGCGCAACAGCCUGCUGGAUUUCUAUCGCGCCAGCCUUCCGCCAGUUCCGCGUACAGUCGUAGCACCGUGUGCAUCGACGAUCACGAACAGAAGUCUACGUCUGCAUCUGGAGAAGGCAACUCUCUUAUCCGGGAUAUUGGAACAACUAGCAAAUUUACAAAUAAAUGGCCCUGCCCAAAGUCUGUCAGCACAUCCACUAUUGAUCUCCAUCCUAAGCUGUUCUCCUUCGAGCUCACCAAGGAGAAGGACCUCCCAUCGACUUUGAAGCAAGCAAACGGCCUGGGCAUAGAAACGCUCGGCCGGUGGAAUAAGUUCAAAUGGGCGCUGAUUCUUUCCGUGCUAUUACUACUCUCGUACAGCUGUGUAUUGGCUACAGCAGCGAUAUCAACCUGGUUUAGGACGUGGAAUCUAUCAGAUGUGAUCUACGUCGCAGAUAACGAUAUUCUUGUGCUUGCCACUAUAGCUGCCGCCAUCCUGCUAUUUACUUUCAUCCUUGGCUUCACCGGGGUCAUUCUGAACUCGCGGCCCAUCCUUGCGGUUUACACUCUGCUCCUUUGGCCAUCUCUCGUAUCUAUCCUCGUCAUUGGGUAUACCAGUUACAAACGGAGCGCUUUCUCCCUCGAUAGAAAAUUACAGCGCGCGUGGAGUCAGGACUACACGGAGGUAGGAAGAGUAAUGAUUCAAAACUCGCUACAAUGCUGCGGAUGGUUUAAUGCUCUUCAUCAAGCGACCAUGAGCAAUCGAUGUUACCCACGCACCUCCUUACCUGGAUGCAAGUCGGCAUUGUUAUCAUUCGAGAAGGCCCAUCUAGAAACGAUCUGGAAAAUCAUCUUCGGAUUAAUCAUUCCAGCGCACAUCCUGAAUAUUUUCGUUGCUCUGCUUUGCUCGAAUCAUGUUACGGAAACGUUUGGGAAGGGGAUCACGCCGAAGGGGUAUCGAUUGACGGUAGAUGACGUGAAAAGAGAUAAGGACGAGCUCAUGGAGAAAUAUGGAAUCGGGAGGGCAAGCGUGCUAGCACGACCCACGUAUGCAAGAGCUGGCUGUAGCAGAGGAGUGCAUAGGGAAGAUAGAGGGUGA